CUUUCUUUCUUUCUUCUCCGAUCCUCCUCUCUCUUCUCUCUCAAUUGAAAAAGGCGAAAUCGCCGUAAAACAUCAUCAAUGAAAAUUCUAGUUUCAAUCAUCAUCAACGAGGAUUGGGGUUCCUGUAAUCUCCGAUCAAAACCAGAGAAUUGGGUUUGCUGAUGAUAACAGACACAUAUGCAUCUCUAGAACGGCGUUUUGCUGCGAUUGAUUGGGGUUCCUGUAAUCUCCGUUCUUGAUAUCCGAUGGUGGUAACGUCGACGUUGAAGAUGGUGUUUUUCUUUUUAUUAUUUUUGGAUUUCAAUUACAAAAAGUUCAGAUUUUGGGGUUAGGUUUUUUUGCUGAUUUUGUUCAAAAAAAGGUUGAAUUUUUUGGAGUUGUUGGAAUCAAGUCCCCUUUUUUUUAGUUAGUUAUAUGUCAGUUUUUGUCUGAUUGAGGAGGAAUAAGGUUUCUUCCAAUGGAGAAAGGGACUUGAUUUUUCUUUUGGGGACAAAGCCACGUCUCCUUUUCUUCGAGCCUCAUUCGAUCCAUAUGAAUUGGAUUUUGUUUUUUGUUUUUUAUUUUUCCAUUUUUUUCUCAAUUUGGGGGUUUGUGAUGGAAGCUAGAAGAACUCAAGGUGGAGAAGAAGAAGGUCACAUUUAUUUUGGGUUUAGUGGAAAAACGAGUGUUGUAGAAUGGGAUUUGAAUGAUUGGAAAUGGGAUGGUCAUCUCUUCGUAGCCAGACAGUUGAAUCACGGCUCAUCCAACACCUCCUCGGCGUGCUCUGAUGAAGCAACUGUUGUUGAUAUCAUGGAGAAUAUGAAUAAAAGAAAAGCUGUUACUGUGAUACCAAUGGAUGAUGAUGAUACUCCGAAGCUUACUUUAAAUCUUGGUGGUUGUGGUGGUAGUAAUAUUGCCAAAAAGACUAAAUUUGGUGGAGGAUUACAGACUCGAGCUUGUCAGGUAGAGAAUUGUGGAGCUGAUUUUACCAAGGUUAAGGAUUACCAUAGACGUCAUAAGGUCUGUGUCUUUGUGAGAUGCAUUCUAAAGCUACUAGUGCACUUGUUGGAGGUAUUAUGCAGCGGUUUUGUCAGCAAUGUAGCAGAUUUGCAGGUUUCAUGUGCUUGAAGAGUUUGAUGAAGGAAAGAGAAGUUGUCGUAAACGUUUGGCUGGGCAUAAUAAGCGUAGGAGGAAAGAGAAGUUGUCGUACGUAGAAUCUUCUAAACGUAGAUGUGUUGUUGUAAAAUCUAAACGAAGAUGUGUUGUUGUAAAAUCUACAAAUCGAUGGACUGAGACAUAUUAACCGAGAUAUGUUGAAUUUACAUCAUAAUGACUAUGUGAUUUUCCUUUACAGAUGAAACAUCAUAAUAACUCUUUUUUUUUA